AAAUCACUGAUGCUGAGAUUCUAUAUGAAUUGUCAAGCUUGUUUUCAGUUGUGCCAAUAAAAGUGCCUAAAGGAAACUGGCGACCAAAUAAAGCUGAAAUCAGGCAAGGCUUUUUACUCCAUUUGCAGACCAUUAGUGAUUUGGAGAAGAUUAUAAAAUCAUGGAAAGAAGAUCUUAAGAAAAAAGGUCUAACUCUUCAGCCUUUUCCUUUUGUAAUAGGAGAUGAUCUUUCGUCAAUAACGUAUAGUUAUGUAUACAUUGAUGGUGAAACUAUACUGCUAGAAUCUCCAACUCGGGCUGUAGAAGUAGCUUUUAAAUUUUAUCAUGCUUUGCAUUGCGAAUAUCCUGCACAAAGUGAACGGAUAUGGAUUGUGCUGCAAAAAACACUUUUUGACUUAAAUUUGCCAGAAGACUUAGUUAAUCGUCAAGCUCAGCAACCAGACGUUAAAAGACUAAUUAAAUGUCUUAAGUGUACUUCGUAAAUAUCGUAUUUUAUUUUUAAAAAUAUUUUUAGUUUAUUUUUAUGCAAUAAUUUUCUUUAGUGACUUAUAUUUUUUGUGAAAAAGUGCAAAAAUGCCAGUUUGUUUUAAAUGUGAUAAACACUUACCAACUGUGAACGCUUUAAGUGUACAUUUACAUAUUAUUCAUAAGAUAUUUAAAAGUGACACACAUCGUUGUUCAGAGUUUGGCUGUUCAGGAAUAUUUUCAAAUUGGGAGAGAUAUAGAAAACAUUUAAACUCAUUCCAUCUAUAUCCAACCAAAUUAAAAACUGAGUGUGCCUUAAUAUCUUCCAAUAUUAAUUCUCAGUGUGGCGAAACACAGAACGAAAUGAAUAAGAAUAGUUUUCAUAAUGUAACUGAACAGCUAAAUUCUAACAAUGAAUGUACUAAGGAACAAAAAGACAUUACACGUACAUUGAAAGAACCUGUACUUGCAUACAUUGCAAAGUUGUAUGCAAAUCAUCAGUUGCCUCGUAACCAUAUUCAGAAUAUAUUAGAUGACUCGAGAGACCUUAUGCAACAAAUGAUAUUGGCUAUAGAACCUAUUAUGAAAGAUAUAUUGAUUAAUAAUGGAGUAAAUCAAAAUACAAUAGUUAGUAUUAAAUCUUGCUUCGAACAAUUGCUUGAACCAUUUUCAGAGCUCUCGUCUGAAUGUCGAAGAUUUAAAGCAUUUUCAGAGACUGGCUGUUUUAUUAACAGUGUAGAUCAUACAGUUGGACAAAGGACAGAUGAAAAAUUGCAUAAUGGCAAUAUAGUUAAAGAAAUUGUACCAGUUUUUGCCAAGUUUAUCCCUAUGAGAGUAGUGCUUCAGAAAAUAUUUAAUCUUCCUCAUGUUUUUUCUUCUGUAAAUUCUUAUGUUAAUACAUUAUUACAAGAAAAUAAUAUUAUUGAAAAUUUCGUUCAAGGCGAUCUUUGGCGCAAUAAAAUUAAGUUUCAUUUUCAGAAUAAAAUUGUGUUUCCCCUUUUUAUUUACUACGACGAUUUUGAAGUUAACAAUGCAUUAGGAACACAUACUGGCAUUCAAAAGUUAGGUGCUGUGUAUUAUUCUAUUGCAUGCUUUCCGCCAGAAGUAAACUCACUCCUAGAAAAUAUUUUUCUUGCUAUGUUAUUUCACUCUUCAGAUCGAAUAGAAUUCAACAAUCAUAGUAUUUUCAAUAUUUUAAUUGAUGAACUUAAUUAUUUACAAACUGAAGGAAUUGAAAUUGAACCCAACAAAGGAGAAAAAAUUAGAAUCUAUUUUGCUCUUGGUCUUCUCUUAGGGGAUAAUCUUGGAUUAAACGGAAUUCUUGGUUUUGUUGAGAGUUUUAAUGCUCAUUACAGCUGCAGACUUUGUAAAACUUCUAAGCACCAGUGGCAAACAGAAUUUUUUGAAAAAAGAAUGAGAGAACAUACUUAUGAAUCUGAUGUCUUGCUAAAAAAUACAGCUGAAAGUGGUAUAAAAGAGAAAUCAAUUUGGGAUCAAGUUUUUUAUUUUAAAACAAGUCAAAAUUUUACCGCUGACUGGUUACAUGAUGGGCCUGAAGGAUGGUUCAAAUUUGUAAUACAAUGUAUAUUGCAUCAUUACAUUAUGAAGAAGCCUUGCAUUGUUCCACUUAAUAUUCUGAAUGAUCGGUUAAAAACCUUUGAUUAUUAUCACAACAAUAUAUCUAAUAAGCCACCUUUAAUUUCUUAUGAUGAGAUUAAAAGUAAAAAAUUGUCAAUGUCUGGUAGCGAAUCAUCCAAUUUUAUUUUCAUGUUUGCAAUGCUUGUAGGAGAUCUUAUCCCAGAAAACGAUAAAGUAUGGCCAUUAUAUUUAAAAAUGAGAGAAAUUAUGGAUUUAAUUUUAGCUCCAAAAUUGCAAAAAGAAACCUGUAAUCUUUUUCGAGUAUUAGUUAGCGAGUUUCACAUGAUGUUUGCGGAAUUAUUUCCAAGUGAAAGAUUUACUCCAAAAUCACAUAAUUUUGCUCAUUAUGGCACUAUUUUUCAGUUUUCUGGACCUAUUCGUAAUUUGAGUACCAUUAGAUUUGAAGCAAAGCACAAAAAUAAGAAAAAGGAGGCUAAUGCUACAACAUCUAGAAGAAAUAUUACACAUACUUUAUGUAUUAAAGAGCAAUUAU